UCAUCUCUACCCACAAAAUUCCAAUCUUAUCGUAUUACUUCAUCUGUCCUAGAAAACUUUAGUGUCAUCUUCAUCUCUCCCCACAAAAUUCCUUCAUCUUUCUCUUUCACCCUCCUCUUUUAGCUAUGACGGAUCAAUGGAAACGCACUGCUCUUCUUGUUAUCGACAUGCAGACAGAUUUCUUUGACGAACACUCCGCCUUCGCUGUACCAGGAGCCUCCACCAUAAUACCAAGCGUCUCCAAUGCUAUCGAAAUCGCAAGGAAUCGCGGGUUGUUCAUCAUUUGGGUUGUUCGAGAACAUGAUGGUGAAGGACGAGAUGUUGAACGAUUUCGCCGUCAUUACUAUGGGAAUGGGAAGCCGAAUCCUAGUGUGAAAGGGAGCAAAGGGGCUGAGUUAGUAGAAGGGCUUGAAAUUAAAGAAGGAGAAUAUAAAUUGGUUAAAACUAGGUUCAGUGCCUUUUUUAAUACUAAUUUACAUUCUCUUCUUCAAGGGGCGGGUAUCACUGAUUUGGUUGUUUGUGGUGUUCAAACCCCAAACUGUAUCAGACAGACUGUUUUUGAUGCUGUAGCUUUGGAUUACCAUUCUAUCACUCUUCUUUAUGAUGCUACUGCAGCUGCUACUCCCAAAAUUCAUCAUGAUAAUACCACUGACAUGGAGAACGUGGGAGUUGUGGUGAAGAGAGUUGAUCAAUGGGGGGAAGUCUGAUUGAUUCUGAGGCUUGAACCAACCCAAUUCUGCCACGGGAAUAAAUGAAGUUCCAGUUCUGGUGAUUUUCAUCUACUGCAAUGAAUCCAUGGUUUGAUCUUCAACCAUGCUUCAUAUCGAACAAUCUUUAUCUCUCCCUCUUGCUUUGAGCUUCCAAGAACUUUGAUUCUCUUCUGUGUAUAAUAAAAGAAAACAAGCUUCCUUUUUCAUGGAAGAGAAAUACAAUCUCUCUUUUUUCUUCUUUGCAUU